GAAGAAGAUAAAUGUCACUUUACAGAAUUUGAUAAAUAAAAGAUAUGGUUCUUUUAAAGAAAAUAUUGUGAAAUUUGAUUUAUUAAUUUAGGUUAAUUGGCCACAUUCGGCGAAAUAAUGUGAUUUUGGUAGCAGAUUGAAAUUUUAUCGUUACGUGAAUGAAAAAUAUGGGAUACAAAGCAGCUGUCCAAGUUUUGAAACAAGCAGACGAUCUAAAAAUAAAGGUAUCGAGAAAAAGUGACUGGUUAAACAAUGCCGAAGCUUGGACAGAUCAACAGAAAUUACAAACUAUUUACCAUCAAGUACUUGUACUCGAUUUGGAAUACGCGCUGGACAAAAAAGUUGAACAGGAUUUGUGGAAUAUAGGAUUCAAAAAUCACAUCUCGAGUUUACAAGAGCAAGCUAGAGACAAAAAGAAUCCUCAUCGCUCUGAUUGUCAAGCACUGCUAACAUGGGCUUUGGAAUCUGCGUCUGGCUUUUAUAUUUCACUAUUACAAGAACUGUGUAACACCUUUGAUGUAGAUUUGCCUUUUAGAAGGAGAGGGAAUGUCUUUGGACAAACCAUAACUAGUUCAGAAAUGAUAAGCUUGCCACAAACCUCUUCUUGUCUUUAUGUUUGCCAGUACUGUUUGGUACAUCUUGGGGAUAUAGCCAGGUACAGGAAUCAAAGAAAACAAGCAGAAAGCUUCUAUAAACAAGCAAUAUUAGUAUCUCCAACUAGUGGCCAUCCCUACAAUCAAUUGGCCCUGUUAGAAGCCAGUCAGGGCAACAAAUUAUCAACUGUAUUUUAUUACAUAAGAGGUAUAGCAGUUAAGAACCCUUUUCCUGCAUCAGCAACCAAUUUGUCUUGUACUUUGACUUCUGCAGUAGAUAAAGACAGCCCGUCAGAAAAGAUUCAAACAAAAAUGACAGUAAAUGAGUUCAUCCAACUGUUCCUAUGCACUCACGGCUAUUUUCAUACGGCCUCGGAACUCAAACAAGCCGAACUAUCAGUUAAGAGCCUCAACUCUGUAAUGACUGCACUUGUAGCAACCCAGAGUUUCACCAGGGAUAUGCUAAUAAAGAUUACCACUAUUAAUUUGUACGCCUUAAGUCACGUCGGAUCUGACUUGAAUAAAAUUAAUGAGCUGACUAAUGAUGAGAAGAAGGUUAGGCAACUGGUUUUGGAGUUGAUAGCUGGGUCUCUGUGUGCUUUUUUGGUGCCUGUUCAUACAUUAAAGAUAGAUGAUGGUAUUAUGGAUUAUUAUGCUCUUCCAGCAGUCAAACUUCUACUGUACUUCAUUCAGAACGACCCCUUUGUUUUGAAAGAAAAAGUUUUCACCAAUCGACUACAAAUAUGGCCGAGUCUAGUCAAACUGUUAAAUAAUGUUCAGCAAUAUAUGAAAGGAUUUAAUUUCAACAAAUACAUGAAAAUGCCCCUUCGUGAAGACAAGAUGCUCGAGGGAUUCUUACCGUUUUGUAAGAACUUCAAAGAACUAGAUUUCAAAGAAGAUGUCGAUGAUCCAAAAAUCGAAAGACUGGUUAGAAUGAAACGUAUAAUUAAAAUAAGCUUGUGGUUGACUGAUCUAGAUGUAAAUGGCAAUAAAUUGAUAUUGAAGAAUGAAGUAAACGGUGAGACUGUAUUUGAACCAGUAUGUAUACAACCGGAUCCAACAAAUGACUUGCUCGAAGAAAUGAAAUCCUUUAGUAUAGCAGACAAAGUUGAAAACGUAGCUAAAAAGAGUUUAGAAAAGAAAGCUGGCAUCCUCAAACCUCAAGGAUCUUUAGAAAAGUCUAGAGAAGAACGGGAGUUGAUGAGUAACAAUCCAAUAGAGACGGUUCCCAGUGCCAACUUCAACAAUACGCCUAUUAAACCGGAAGUCACCAAAAACAAGCGAGGAAAACAAAACGUAGCUUUGCAGUCAAUAUUUAAAAAGAUAGAAGAAAGUAGUAAACAGGUUAAGUUCAUCGUUGAGGACUCCGAAAAGGAAAAAUCGGUCAAAUUUGAUUCAGUUCCCGCUCAAGCAAAAACCACCCAACAGCAAUCCCAGAACCAAACCUUUAACUCGCCAUUAAGAAGCCAAAACUUCAAUAAAAAUCUUCCUGCCUUCCCGAUACAACCUCCAACACAACCGGAUUACCUCACUACCCUUAGAAACAUGCCAAAUAUGCAAAUGAACGACAGCAACUACCAGUACCAGAAAAAGGAUCCUGGAAUACCGAAUAUGGGCGUUCAGAUAAUGCCGCCGUAUCAGAACAUGCACUCCAACAAGAACGUUCCGCUGAAUAUGAACCAGAUAAACCAGAAACCUAUGGGAUAUCAACAGCAGAACUCGUUUACACCUUCAACUCCUUUCCAAAACGUGUCUUUCCCACCAUCCCAUCCGUUUAACACAUGGAAAAGAGAGGAGGUACCACCGAUGCCGAAUCAAAGUUGGUGGCAGAAUAAUCAGCAGACCCAGCAGAAUUAUCGAUCGGAUUUCCAGUUGAAUUUUCCUCCUUAUUCGAACCCAGUGUCUUCGAAUUAUAUAAAUCAAGGUCUUACAAACAAACCGAACAAUCAAAACAACACAAGCGAUGUAUUUGGAUCCCCUUGGAGUAGCUAUUUGGGUAAUUUCAUGAGCGAAGGAAACACCAUGAACAACAUAAAUUUCGACAGCAACGCUAGCCAAGGAAUGUCUACAAUGUCUGUGAGACAAGCUAUGUUGAAGGAGGCUAAUUUGCCAGGAGCUCCUGUGGGUCCACCCGGAAGCGGAGGGCCUAUAAGCAGGCUGCCCAAUAUCAGUCAGCCUCCACCGCAGGAACCGUCCUUCUUCCAAAACCAAAACAACACCCCUGGCUAUUCUCUGUUCAACAACAGCUGGACCCCCAACCUGCCGGGCCAACUUAGAAACAACAAACCCUCCGAGAACAAUACCCUCAACCAUUUGCCGCAGCAAUCGCUCUUUAGCGGCCAGGGCCCCAAAUCCUUGGCACAAUUGCUCGAACAGCAGAGCCAGUUGUCGAAGAACGACUUAUAGGUUAUUAGCAGCACGAAGGUAACUUGCGAGAGAGAGAUUCUUAACUUUACUAAAACGGGAGAAAAUUUGACUUGAGACAAUAUUUCGAUACCCAAGAGCAAUAAACGAAGACCAAACGAAAAGGGUGUAAAAAAUAUUUUAGACAAAAGAGUUUUUCUUUCGAAUUUUAUUAAGGUAACCGUUUUUUAAAUAAGGGUUAACAGGAUAUUGAGAAUAUCUUAACAAGACGAGUCUAAUAGGGCGAGGUAUUUAAUUUUCCAUCUAAUAAAUAAACUUUGACAUAUAUGUUAUCUAUUUUUGAAAAUGGACACUACAGAAGAAGGGGCUAAGCUUGACGAAAGGGAAUUUAAACAUAAUUUAUUAGUUGAUGGCUUCCUACAUUACGUGUUUUGUUCAUAUCCACUAAAAUACUCUACUGUAGCUGUGGCAUCGAGCAAAAAGACAAAAGAGGGAAUGUAACGGUAGUGGGGGCAAAAUAUUGUUAGACAGGAAGUGGUGAUCUUUAGAGGCCACAUUAAACAAGGAAAGAGAGUUUCUCUCCUUUUUGACAUCAAAUUUAGUUGGGUUAUGUUAUUGUUUGUCCCAAAUGUCACAUGAAAUCUUAUUUAUAUUGAAGUUUUUCAACAAUUGUGUUGCAUUUUACUAUUAUCGUUAAUAAUUAAUUAAAACUUUCUCGUCUAAGACACAUUCUGAAAAAUAUUAUAUAGCUACUGUUAAUAAGUGUCGGAAAAUUUAAAUUUGGCGCAUUCGCAUUUCCGGAUAUGUCCGCCAUCAGAGGCCACUUUUUUGGUCUCCUUUUCAUAAGGAUUAGAUUCCCUCUUUUGUCUUUUUGCUCGAUGAGCUGUGGUGUCCUCCAUGAAAGCAAAACAGUUAUACUUAUUUUCUGUAAUUAAGUUCUCUGUAACGGUAGUUACUUUGUUGACAUCUGUAGCGCUUCGCAAAUGUGGUAAAUGGAACAAAUGUGGCACUGGCCGUAUAUGUAGUAGACACAAUAUUUUUAACAAGGAAAUAAGAGAAACAAUUUGGCAAGGUACUGGGAAAAUACCUAGAAUUCAGACAAAGCAGAAGCAGAAAAUAGAGAAAAUAAUGGGAAAAAGUCAGAGUCAAAACAUUGGUUUUGACAUAUUGAACUGAGUAAUGCUGAAAAGAAGGACCGAGGACAAUUUGAGUAUCGUUAUCCCGUUAUAUUCCGUGCGUACUAAAUGAAUUUUUAUAGCCAUCAACUAAUAUUAGAUACAUAUAGAGAAACAACAUUCACUUUUAGACCUGUUCAUCUGUAGUUUUCACCAAUAUUUAUAUUAAAACACGAUAAAUUCGAUUUAUUAGCUAGUUUUAAUUAUAUAAAAUACUCUAAAUUGAACUUAGUAAUAUUUUUUACUAGAAAAACUAGAGAGUUUAUUAUUAUAUUCGACUAAUACCACUCAGUGCAGAUUUACAUAACUACAAUGGCACCCAACUAGUACCGUGCGAACCAGUUGCAACACUGUUGUACUAUCUACGACUUAUGUUGGUGAAAACAUGUAAUACGACUCUACUCAGUCGUAAAUUUAAAGUCAAAGUCACCUGUAAUUUUAAACUAUUUUUUUUUAAAUUUCGUGGCUGACAUGGGACUAGAACCAACUAUCACUACCCACUCACAUCGUAGUGAGCGAUUGACACGCGUUAGUGAGUGCUACGUGUCAUGUCGGAAGUUGGCUAUCAGCACAGCUAUAUUUCAUUAGCCGCCACUAUGCAAAGAUCUAAUGAGAUAUGUUCCCACUAUUUCUUCAGGUUUCUUUCAUUUCUUUUGCCCUUUAUCAUUCCAUGCAGAAUGAGUCUAAAGAUAUCGUAAUGUUUCUUUAUUCUAAUAAUCAGUCAAUUAAUUCUUUAAAAAAUUUCUGUAACACCUCUGCCUGUGACUGUCUUUUGUCCUCAACAUAAGACGAGAACCAAACUUCUAAGUGAUUGUUUAUAAAGACUUUGAUUAAUUAAUCUUCGUAUCUACCUAUUCUAUAUAUCUAUCUAAACAGGUACAAUUAGAUGUUGAAGUAAUUGUAGAUUGUGAGUUACAUAAUUUUAUUUGAUUUGAGCACAGUUCUUCUUGGAGUGUCGUCUCCCUACGGAGGUUGGCAAACAUAAUGGCUAUUUUUAUGUUUGAACUUGCUACUCUAAACAAAUCAAUCGAUUUGCUUCUUCUUCUUCUUCGCGUGCCAUAUCAGAUUUAUCCGACGUUGGCGAUCACCAUUGCUAAGGCUUCUCGAUCUUCUGCAAUAUGGAAUAAUUGUCCUGCAUUUGGUAUCUGAGUCCAUUCACGAAUGUUUGUUAACCAAGAAACUUGUUUUCGUCCUACACCUCUACGUCCCUCUAUUUUGCCUUUAAGGAUCAGUUGUAAAAUUUUAUAUCGACUUCCCCUUACUAUAUGUCCCAGAUAAGGACAUUUUUCGAUGUUUAACAGCCUUUAGCAAUUCUCUGUCUUUGUUGAAGCGAUCUGCACUAAUAAUAAUUACGUAGAUUCUCAUCCAAGAAUUCUGCCUUCAGAUCUUCCUUGAAUCACUCCCUGUAUUAUUCGUCUCAAAGGUUGGAUCCCUCAUCAGGUUGCUUAGGUAUUCCAUUUUUCUUGCUUUAUAGUGGUGAUUAGUUCUGUUUCUUUACCAACCCUCUCCAGUACUUCUUUAUUUGUAAUUCUAUCAGUCCAUUAUAUUUUUGAUAUAUUUAAUACUCUGCGGUAUAACCAGAGUUCGAAUGCCUCGAUUUUUUUAAAUUGCAUUUUUUUAAUGUCGAAGUCUCAGCUCCAUAUAGUAAUAUUGAAAAUAUGUAUCAUCAAAUGGUAUGUCGUCUGAUUUUCAAAUUAAGAUUUCUGUACGUUAGGAGUGGCGCCAUUCGUAUAAAUGCUGAUAUGGCAAUCUCUAUUCGCCUGUUUAUUUCUGCAGUAUGAUCACUGGUUUCAUUGAUCAAAGUUCCCAAGUACUGAUAUUGUUCUACUUGUUUUAUCACGUAAUUAGGAUAUAUUUCGUUUUUCAGCGUUAGUAAUUUCCAUCUCAGCACUAUUCAUAUUUAAGCAUAAGAUUAGAUGUUCUUGGGGUUCUAUGCCCCUUGCAAUGGUCACAGUGUCAUCUAAAUAUCGUAAGUUAACCUUUUCAGUCGAAGUUUUGAUUUUAGUAUGAUUUAGAUAUAAUUAAUAUAUUACCAUUCUUCUCUUUUCGCAGUACUCUCAGUUUCCCGUGUCGUACCCUAUAAAAAGCUUUCUCGAAAUAACAUUACCAUUAAAGACAAACUGUACUUCUCUCGUUUUAAAAUUCAGAAAUUUUAGAAACCAAAUUGAGUCUAUACAUUUUUCUUGUAUAUCCUUCGAUGCAUUAUCUUUGGGAAUAUCUCAAGAGAUAUUCUGGUAUGGCUUUUACCAUAGCAUGUAAAAUCUUUGGUAUUGUAAUAAAAGUGGACGUCAACCAUUCUUGGGGAAUUGUUCCAGUUAUAUAAAUUUCUAGAGUAUUAAAUACUAAUUCAUCUGAACCUACUGACUUUAUACACAAACUUGGAGCAACCAAAUUGAGUCUGUACCAUGAUAUAAGGAAACAAGGUAUGCUCACUAGUGGACUCGUUUUUGCACAUUUCUGCGCCGACCAAAAUCCACCAUCUUUUCAAUAUGUCACAUGUGUGUAGGGAUGAUGACCUGAUCCCGUACCAGUUACUUUGGAACAUGUAUUUUAUUUAUACUUGUGGAACUGAUCCCUAACACCAAUAUAUUAUAAAAAACGAGUACGGGUCAUGGCCGUAUAAAUAAAGAUCUUUAUUUAUACGUCCAUGGUACGGGUACUGUACUCAUAGUAAGUGUAAGUGAGCAUACCUGACCUGAUCCACAAAAAUACUUGGAUCAACCACCUCUACAUGCGUGACGUCUUCUUUGUUUACUUUUGCAUUUUUUAACCUUACUUUGCAAUGUACUGGAAUUUAAAUGUAAAUGUGUUUUUGUUUUGUUUCGAUUUUUUAAAAAUUAUUUUAGCAAGAGUCUGUUCAGAUCAUUUUAAAUAUGAAUUAAUUGGAUUAAUGUAUAAUAUUAAUUUUAUUUAAUUUAAUUUAACUACGAUAUUUCGUAUCAAUUUUGUACAUAUUUGAAUUGCCGCCUUCAAAAUGGCGGAUUUUGGUCGUAAACGUGAUUGGCUGUUCAAAAUAGAUGCGCGUGAGCAUACCAUGUGUCCUUACUGUCCUUAUAUCAUGGUCUGUACAUUUUUCUUGUAUAUCCUUCGAUGCAUUGUCUUUGGGAAUAUCUCGUGUGGCUUUUACCAUAGCAUGUAAAAUCUUUGGUAUUGUAAUAAAGGUGGUCGUCAACCAUUCUUGGAGGAUUGUUCCAGUUAUAUAAAUUUCGUGAGUAUUUCAUCUGGAUCUACUGACUUUAUACACAAACUUGGAGUGGAGAAACUAAUAGAACAACUCCAGACACAAGAUUUUCUUUAAAAUGUUGUUCUAUCUAUUUUCACUUGAAAGUCCUUUUUAUAAUAAAAUCUAUAAUAAAAUAAUCUAUAAUAAAAUUAAAGUCCACUCCUUUAUGAUGAUGUAGUUCUGUGAGAAUUUCAGUUACCAUUUUUUAACGUAAAUUCAAAAAUAUCCGCAAAAUUGGUUUGUUACAACUGUGUUGCAACUGAUCGCAUUUACUUAUAUUUUGAUAACAUAGAAGUUUGUUCUAUCACAACCAUAUUCGAGAUUAUAUAGAGAGUACGAACGAAUUUUUAAAACUUUUUAUCAAUUUUCUAAACACUUAGCAAUAAACAAGAAAUAAUUAUGAAAUCUUUAAUUUUAUCACAAAAAUAUUUUAAAGUCUUAAGCGGUCCUUAGACGAUCAAUAUGAUCUGCAAUAUACAGGGUGUCACAAUAAUUCGCUAACGUUGGUCAUACAUUAACCAAAGGUUUUUAGGGAUGAAAAUAAGUUGAUAUGCUGUAACUUAGUUAUAUGCAGAAGUGUCGGGACCGAUUUAAGAUUCUUUAUUUCUUUCUAUGUGUAAUCUAUAUGUACUGUGUUUAUGUGUCUUUUGACCAGCACUGGCGGUACAGGUAUAAUAUUAUAUUAUAUAGUAAAUAGAGAUUAAAAUAUACUUUACCUUUACGUCAUUGGUAAAAGAGGACGAAUAAAGUACAAAACAUUUAUGCAUUUAUAUUGUGUUUAUAUAGUAAAAUAAUUUUAUAAGAAAGUUUUUGGUCAAUUAUGUUCUGUGUUGAAAUGGGAGUCUUUAAUAAACUCUAUUUCUACUAUUUCCUUGAUUAUUAAAUCUAUGGAUUUCUGGCGUCCAUCGUGGCGUUUCGUACUUUUUAAAAACAGCAAUUUUAAAUUUUUUAAUUUUUUUAAAUUAUAGAAAAAUGUCCUUUUUCUUUCCUCAGUCAAUUGAAGGAAACGUGUAUCUGUGUCGCUAGUAGCUAUUUUCCAAAAUAUUUCGUAAAAGCCGUUUUACAUGUUUCAAAUAUACUGCUUCAAGAUAAAUUUAGAUGUGCGAGGACAAAGCAAACAAUUUCACUUUUAUAAAUGAAAAAACUUUUUAUAUUUGGGCGUAAACAACGAAUAUUAAGAAAGCAAAUGAAAUAAAGACUAUAUAUAAAAAAAUUAAAGAUACUUAUUAUAGAAUGGACAUAUUGAGAUGCAGAACAAAAGUUUAUAU